UAAUCGAGAGCUGUUUGAGUAAUACUUGCAGCACUGAGGAACUGUGCAUUGUUAUCGGUUGAAAAAAACAACUGGAUUUUUUUCUUAGGACAAUUUCUCUCCUCUCUCUCUCUCUCUCUCUCAGCGUGACGACUACUAAUUCAUUCCAUCGAUCGAAUGGCGAAAGCUUCAACUUUAGCAGAGACUUUAGCAGAGACUCUAGCGAAGGAGCUGCAAUGUGGAGUUUGCUCGCAGCAAUUUAAGGAACCUAGAGUUCUCCCUUGUCUUCACUCCUUCUGUAAGUCUUGCUUGGAAGGAAUGUUGAAUAAACAGGGAAUCGGUUGGAGAGUUGGGUGUCCAUUCUGCCGAGCGAGCGUGGAGAUUCCCCAAGGAGAAGUUGAUUUGCUACCAGAUAAUUUCAUGCUCAACAACAUGUUGGCCAUGUUUGCCCUUGUUUUGGAAAAAGGUAGCCUUGGCUGCGAUAACUGUGACAGUGAAGACCCCCCUGUCAAUAGAUGCACAACCUGCUUUCAAUUUCUGUGUGAGAUUUGCACAAUGGGACAUAGAGGGGGCCGCACCACCAAAAGUCACCAUUUGAUGAACCUGGAGGAGGCUGUAGAGGAAGGACCUAUGGCUGUCUACAUGUCACGCCCAUCCUUUUGCAAAGAACACAGUGGAGAGAUGCUCAAGCUCUUUUGUGAGACAUGCGACAAAGCUGUUUGCAGUGAUUGCACAGUUGUUAAGCAUCAGCGUCACAAAUCU